AUGGCGGUCGCGGGCCUCACCGCGAAGGAACCCUCCGCCGUCUUGCUUCCCUCCUUCGCCGCCAUCGCAUCUCCGUCGCACGGCAGCCAUAAUGCCCUCAAGUCGCACGGCGAUUCGACGACGCUGUGCCGCGGGGCCGUAUGCGACUGUCACAGCGUCGCACGGGGAUCGUGCCGCGCACAACGCCCCGUGCGAUCUUGGGCGAAGCGCCGGUGCUCCGAACCCAUGCUCUCGCCUCUCCAUUCCUGCAAUGCCGCCUGCGCGCGUUCGUCCAGAACAUCCUACUGCUGCGCCGCCUCCUGCGGCGAGUGCAACGGCGUGUCCUGCGGCGCGUCACGCGGUUGUGUGAAUCACGCAGCGGCAUUGGCGGCGUCAUAUGCGGGAACGGUCCAGGGCUGCCUGGGUCAUCCGUCCGCCUGCGAUAGCUGCGUAGCCUCCUGUCAGCCUCAGCCUAUCAAGCGGCGGCGCUCGUUUAUGUCACUUGCCAGCUCAUCGUCCACGUCACCCCUGUGUAACGAGAAUCAACGUCCACAUCAGCAGCUACUCUCAGCGCAGCGCGCGGUGAUUAAUCUCGACGACUUCAAUGCGCUCCGUUCCGGGGCAGGCGGCGCGGAUGGCGCUACGACACGGCCUAGCGACGCGAGGGGAACGCCUUUGCGACAUUCCGGCAGUUUCACAUCACGCCGUCGCCCAGGAAGUCUGCGACUCAAGGCGAUGUGGGGAUCUGCGAACACCAGCCCGGUAACUUCUGUAACAACCCAGUCGCAGUCGCCCACUGCGAGCGACGAGAUUGAGAGCAUCAGCGGAAACACGAGAGCCGUGGCUAAAGGAGUGUGGGGCGGUGGAGUUGGUUUGGAGGGGGUUAACAGUGGUUAUGGCGUGACAAGGUUUGGAGCCUUCCCGUCCGCCUGCUCUGCCCCCAACCUUCACGCGCUGACCCAGGCACUGACGCCAUCCCCGUCACAACCGAACUCAGUAAAAGCACACGCUGUGCUACAGAGUCAGCCAGCGCAGCAGCAGCAGGCGCUUAUGCAACAACUGCUUCAGCUUCAACAGGCGGAUCCAUCACCCCCACACCACACCCUGAAACCGGCUUACCCGACCAGUGCUGCUGGCACAGCCGGCACAGCGUAUGCAUGUGAAGUGGCAGGAGUAAAGCGUGCAUUGGGAGAAGCUGGAGGGUUGAGAGCGUCUGGUGCUGCAGUGGCAGCCAUGGCUCAGCAGCUCUCUGCCUCUACGCUUCACGUAACCCAGCAACCCCAGCAACCCCAUCAGCCUGCCCUUCAGAGUGCGCACCAUCGGCCUGUCUUCGACAGUCUCUGGGCGGAGGAUAGCAAUACGCUCGCCUCGCCUGCUUGCGCCGUGGAGGCUCCGGCUGCCAGCAGUGCUGGCAAGCGGUCGUGGCGGCGACCUGUGAAGGACACGUGGCAGCAGCAGCAACAACAGUUUCAGAUGCAGCACCAGCAGCAGCAGCAGCAGCAGCAGCAGCAGUUGCAGCAGCAGCAGCAACAGAAGCAGUUACAGUUGCAGCAGGAGAAGAAGGCAAGCAAGGCCGCCGCUGCUGCUACCACAGCCAAGGACGGGUUGGCUCAGCUUGAAGCCUUCAUGGAAGCGUCCAUGGGAAGAACAACGCAUUCUUCCACCAUUGCUCAGGAGGAGGAGGACCUGAAAUCGCUAGAGGCCGUGGUGAUGGGCCUGGAAAGUGCAUGCCUGCAGGGCUUGGAUGCUGCUGAGGGGGUGGGUGGGGAGGCACGGGAGGAGGGGAGGAUGGAGGAAUCUGGUGCGAGUGGUGAGUCUGAGCAUGGUGCUCCUGUGCAAGACAAGCAUGCGGCUUGUGAGCCAGCAACUGUUGACUUGGACCUCAGGCUCUGA